UACCAUUUUUAUUGUACGUGAAAUCAUGUGUGUACCUGUUACAAGAAAGAAAAAGAAAAAAUCUGAGCAGAAGCACGUUCAAAGUGCACGAUUGUGUUUGACUGAUUGCUCGCCUUCCAUUUCUUGAAUUCGCACAGGAAACAAUGGAAACUCGUAAUAGAAGGCGACAGCGCAAUCUGGAUUUGAUCAGCAAUCUCCCAAGGCACAUAAUCGACUGCGUUUUGAGUCGCUUGCCUCUUCGAGACGCUGUAAGAACAAGUAUACUGUCACGAAAGUGGAGGGGUUACUCGGCCACUCUUCCACACCUGGAUUUCGGCUACCAAUUCUACUUAACCAUCAAGGAAACUUGGGGUAGACUCGUGAACUUUCACUACGAGCUCGAAAGAACCAUCAGCAAAUUUUUCGUGCUUCAUCAUGGUCCCCUUGUCAAGGUCACUCUCUACAUUCCAGAACUCUCUCGUCGGGUUCCGGAUACAGAUCAAUGGAUUGAUCUCCUCUCUAGGAAAAACAUCAAGGAACUCACCCUUGAUUACAGAUACAACAGGCGUCACUUAUUGCCACGUUGCUUCUUUUCGUGCCUCGACUUGACUCACUUGGAGCUUCGCAGUACCGUUUUUGCACCUCCUCCGGAUUUCAAUGGUUUUCGAAACCUUAUCACGUUAAAGUUUAGGAGAGUAAAAUUAAAGGCCUACAAGUUGGAGAGUCUCUUACACGGGAGCCCCCUGCUUCAGAAGCUGAUCCUAGUGGAUUGCUCUGGCUUCCAUCGUAUCAAGGUUUCUGCUCCUAAUUUGGAGAGCUUCCAAUUGCAACCCCCCCGCAAGUUCAAGACAAUCUGUUUCGAAGAUGUCCCGAAGCUGGCUGAUGUCACAGUUAGUACAUUGGACACAGAGGCAGGUCAUUUCGCGAAGAGCUCGACUCUGUUGGAAUUUCUCACUAGCUUGCCUAAACUCACCCGGCUUUCCGUGAAUGGUAAUUUGCUAAAGCUCUUAGCAAGAGACACUCUUCCCCAAGAGCUUCCAACGACAGUUGAAGGUCUGAAUUAUCUCAAACUGAAUAGCUUGGAUUUUGCUGAUUUUGAUCAGAUUUCUUGUGCUCUUUGCUUGAUUAGAAACACCCCCAAUUUGAACCAACUUGAGAUUCAGGCCUCGACUACAAGAUUAACAAAUAUACCACCACGAAAAUUGGGCUAUAUGGAGGCUGGAGCCCCUUUCGGUUGCACCCUUAACAGGCUUCAAGUUGUGAAGAUAGAACUUCUCGUGGGUUUCAAGCCUGAGCUAGAGUUGGUCGAGUUUUUACUUGCCAAUUCACCAUUUCUUGAGAAGAUCUAUAUCAAUCCGGAGAAUUCACUGGGUCAAAACAAAGUGGCAUCGGAUAUGGCAAUAGAGUUGAUACGGAGUUACCGAUCGUCCCCUGGAGCGAAUAUCAUAUACCCUGGAGUGGAUAUCAUAUACUUGACUGAUUGAUGAAAGAUAAUGGGUCCAUAUCAUUUUUUGAUUCCUUCAUAUCUGUCAGUAAGUCUCCUUUGAAAAUUGGAGAUGGAAACAAAUGGACGGAGACUAUGUUUUGUUUUUC